AUUACUGUGCGAUUAGGGGACAGAUCAAUGGUUUUUUGGACGGUCGGAUUGACUGAGGAACGAGUCCACGGCUGCUGUUGAUCUCCUUCAUCGAGUCCACGGCUGCUGUUGAUCUCCUUCAUCAGGGGUGGGAAGGCGACUCAAUUGUAAUCUUAUUUGAACCUAGCCAGUCCCUGACCAGAGAUAACGCGUUCGCGAGAGGAACAGCAUAUAACUUUUAUUCGUCAUUUGAAAUACGUAUCUCCUUUCUUAUCUCUAGUUGCAGCCUAUAAGUUCUUGUUCUUCUCUCUAUAGAGCUUGUUUCUUCUACUGCUGACAAGCAAAAAAGACUCACGAGAGACGAAAAAGGAGACAUGGAGCGAGCAGCAGCGGAGGUCCUACGUGAGAAGGCGAACCUCCUGCGCGAGUCGAUGCAGAGGGGCGAGGCGAUACACAGGGACGCGGUCGCGGCGUUCGCUUCCAUCACCAGCCACAUGACCGCCAUUGACGACGCCAUGCAACCUGCUCAGGCGAGGACGUACGACGCUUGCAGGGUCCACGACAACGUCCGGAGGAGCCUCAAGGCAGUCGAGCCGAUGGUUCGCCGGCUCGACCUUGUGCAAGAGGCAGACCUUGUGCUAUUGAACGGACCAAGUAAGGGUCUUACUGCCUAUCUUGACGCGGUGGAUAAAUUGAGAAGCGUUGAGUACUUCUUUAAUUCAAAAAGAAGCUACAGAACUAGUGACAACGUGCUCAAACAUGCUGAUGAAUUACUUUGUAAAGCUGCUGUAGAGUUGGAGAAUGAGUUCCACAGGCUCUUAUCCAAAUGCAGCAAACCUGUGGAACUCGAGUAUCUUUUCAACUCUCUUCCAAAUUUAGAUCAACGGUUGUCAAGUGAGAACAUUUUUGCUGGUAGCAAAAAUCUAUCAUCCAAAGAUUCUUCUGGUGGUCAGAUAGAUGUGAAUGCUGCAUACACUCUUCCCACACUCAUUGAUCCCUGUUACGUGCCUCUGCUCUCAAAGUUGGUUCAGAAAUCAGUUCAACUUGGUCGCCAUCAGCAGUUUCUGAAAAUAUACAGAGAAGUUCGUGGCUCAACUUUGGAUCUGAACCUUAAGUACUUGGGAGUUGAAUAUGUUACAACCGAAGAAAUGCAGAACACGCAGGCUGAAAACUUGGAUGCCAAAAUUGCUCAGUGGAUCCAAUUCUACCGAAUUGGGGUAAAGUUGCUUUUUGCUGCUGAACGUGAACUGUGCGAUCAAAUCUUUGAAGGAUAUCAUGCAUUGAAGGAUCACUGUUUUGCUGAAGUAACAGCAAAAAGUCUGUCAACUAUACUCAGCUUUGGAGAGGCUGUUGCUAAAUCCCAAGCAUCACCAGAUAAAUUAUUCAUGCUGCUAGAUAUGUAUGAGGCUUCAUUGGAACUUCGACCAGGGGUUGAGGUGGUUUUUGAGGGGCAUGCAUGCUCUGAAAACCGGAAAUUGGCACUUAGUUUGACCAAAUGCUUAGCACAGACUACAAAAAGAACUUUCAGCGACUUCAAAGAAAACAUUUUGAAGGAUUCAGCAAAUAGCACGACUACUGAUGGAGCUGUGCAUCCUCUUACCAGCUAUGUCCUUAAUUAUACCAAGUUUCUUUUUGACUAUCAGUCAUCACUAAAGCAGAUAUUAGAAGAAUCUGGUACUGGAGAUGGAACAAAUUCUGAUCUGGCCUCUCAAAUCAUGGAUGUUAUACAUGCUCUGGAGACCAACCUUGACGCCAAAUCGAAACAAUACAAGGAUCCUUGUCUGGCUCACAUAUUUUUAAUGAAUAACAUCCAAUAUAUUAUCAGGUCUAUAUGCAGUUCUGAAGUGAAGGACUUAUUUGGUGAUGAUUGGAUUCAAAGGCACCGAAGGAUUGUGCAGCAACAUGCUACUCAGUACAGAAGAGUUUCUUGGGGAAAGGCUUUGGAUUUUCUCUCAGCUCAUGGUCUAACUUCAUCAUUAGGUUCCACUAGAGAGAGUAAUCAAGGCAGUCUUCUAUCUAUCGGAUCUAACAGCAUUACAACUUCCAAAUCUGUCAUCAAGGAGAGAUUCAGGUCUUUCAACAUGCAAUUUGAAGAGGUUUGCCAGACACAGAUAAAGUGGGCUAUUCCUGACAGAGAGUUGCGAGAUAACCUUAUUCUUGCUAUCGCCGAAAUUCUGUUACCUGCUUACAGAGAUUUUCUGAAACGAUUCGGGCCUCUUGUUGGGAACAGCCAUAGCUCUUCGAAAUAUAUAAAGUACACUCCAGAAGCACUUGAGGAAGCACUUGGUAAUCUAUUUGCAAAGAAGUUAUUAAUUGAACAGGGAUGUUGAUUGGCUGAUUGCACCAAGCAUCCCAAUUAACUGUGAGGUUUGACUCCUGUAGGGAAAGGUAGCAGCUGCUACAAGGCAGCAAGGUCAAAAGUCUUAUUCAGUAUUCAUCAUUGAUCGCUAAAAGAAAUGCAAACCAUAAGACAUAUUUUGACGAGUCGCUGCCCAAGUUUGAGCGCAGGUGACUAGGUGAGUCUCCAUCCUCCAACGGCAUGUACUCUCGCUAUUUCCAAGGUAUACAUUGUGUCCCAUCGUUGGGUUGAUGGUUCUAAAACAUUGGGUUGUUCAUUUGGUAUGUGGAUAUAUAUGUAACCUUGUACCGCCGAUUCGCUAUCAAAUAAGGUAGUAUUAGGUGAUUUUACGUGUGAGCUGGGAGCUGAGGGGCUAUGGAGCCCAUGGCUUAGGAGACGUCCCUAACAUGGCUUCCCUCUCUGAGCUGUCCUUUGGAUUCCGUCUGCCAGCAACCAUGCUGCUCCUAGUGCCCAAUCAAACUUAGUUGUUUGGGCACAACACGACCCCAGCUCGAGUAAACACCAACGUGUAGACUGGACGGCCAGAUGAGAAGCUUCCAUUCCAGUCAUCGUUUACUUGGGUCGGUCUUGUAUCAUUGGAUGAUUGUAUCCACCUCCAUUUUUUAGCUGGUUUAGUUGUUGGCACAUGGAUGAUAGAAUCAGAAACAUGGUCUUGAUUUCUACCUCACCUAAUACUCCCAUUUCUCAACCUUUUUUUAAAGGCUCAUUUCCCAACUUUCAUAUAUGCUGAAAUUGGAGUUUUCGUCGCUCUCACGUCGUACCAUGUACGUUUAGUUUAGCCACGUCGUCUGUAGCCAACAGGUGUAGGCCAAGUAUGCAAAUGACCUGAUCAUGAGCUAGGCAUGUGCCUUGCUGCGGCAAGUAGACGGGAUAGUGGCCGGUGACGAGGAGUCUGGGAUUGCAGUCGGUGUGCACUAUUUGUGCAUUUUUGUGGCUGGGGGUGGAGCGGCACAUAUAGUCUGGUGGCUUGGGAAGGAAUAAGGAGGUGAUGGCGACCGUUUAUGUAUCGGUUUCUUGCGCUUUAGCUGAAUUUCCUUUGGCAUGCCAUGGAUGUCGACGCCCCACCGACCUUUUCCACUCGCCGAAGUCUCCUACUGCCAGUGAUAAUUCGUGAGCAGGGCUCGCCGUUGUAAUCCUCCUGCGCAGUUUUGUGGCCGCCUGCCGGUGACUUGUUACGCGAGGCUACAAGCCUGAAAUGACAGUGAUCGAGUGGCAUGAAUACGACUUGGUUUGCAGAAAUUAGUGGUGCCAGCAUGUGUACGUCAUGCGUGCGGACUUCGUCACCAGAUUGGUUUGACACGGCACCGUUUCUGUUGAUCACUGCGCUUUGCUUUCGUGCCCUUGUUAACGUGUAGAAGCGAGGUUGGAGAAUGCUAAGUACGACGAGAUAGAGUAAAGAGAGAAGAGAGGGCUCGGCGCGUCGCUGCAUGCGCUCCCCACCCCGAAACGAAAGUCGCGGCAGAGCAGCGUUCCUCCU